UUGGUGUUAUUAAGUGACAACAUAGGUGUUACAUUAUUAACAGGUGACUAUCUUAGCAGUUGGUUUUUGUUUUGGCUAUCAUUCUCUGUUGUGAGUUUGUGUAUAUUACCAUAUCGUCUGCCGUCUGCACAAUGGAAGGGCCAUGAGGAAAUACUACCGACUUAACAAUUCCACUGGUCUGUCUAAGGAACAGCUAUUGCUUCACACGAUCUCGGAAUUCAGUGACUUUACCACACCAAACCAUCCAGCGGUGUCGACAGUCCCCCACGAAUCUACCAUCUUUCUCGCCAUUCUACUAGCUAUUACUGCAUGCAUGAUGGUUAUUUUGGGAUUUCUGACAGUUCGUGUCUUCCAGCGGUAUUGGGUCAUUCGAGAAGAAGAGCGGUUUAUUGAAGAAGCUCAUGCAGCUAUUGUCCAAGCUGAUCUAGAAGCAGCUGUUCCCAUUUCUGAACCAAUUACAUGGACUCCAAUACAUCAACCAAGGAGAUUGUCAGAACCCAACAGAUAGGGAUAUGCUAACCUAUUUCUCAGCAGCGAUAGAUUAGCAUGACCUGUCAGAACAUUGCAUGUGUUAUUCUGCCCGUGUGACUCCAUGUUCUCUGAAACAGUACCAACUAAUCAUAAACAACCGAGUGGACCAUCAGCUACACACUGGAAUUGAUAAUUUCUUUCUACCACCAUAUUCGUCAGAUCAUGCAUACAAAACGGAAAAAAAAAAAAAAUCGGUUGAGAAAAGAAGAAGCAUAUCUGUUUUUGAUGUGGCUUGUUAUGAUGGCAUAAUAUUUCAAGGAUGGGAGUAUCUCGAGAGGUUCAUGUUUCAACCAAAGGCUUGAGCAAUAAAAUGAAAGUAUCGGCGCCUGAACCGUGAAUCGAAACUGUAAUACCAGGCUUCCAUAUUCUAUUACCAAUACCUUACUUCAGGUUUUCAUUCACUUCACUGUCAAUCACUUUAUUAUUGUUUUUUAAACACAUCCAUGCUCGACAACUUCCUCAUAUUAAUUUUGUUGGGGCGAGGAGUCUAAUUUGUGACAGUAAUUAACUUCUAUGAGUUUGAAUUAAGUUCAUUGAAUUCCAAAGAUAGCUGACUGUACACAACGAUACAUUGAUUCCUUUUGAUUAAACAAGGUGGCUCUUUAUUUUAAGAGAAGUGGAAAGAGGUUAUUUUUAUAAUUUUCCCCAUGAACUCCCUGAUAAAGUUCAUGGGGAAAAUUGAAAUAUUCUUCGAUUAGGUAGCUAAACUUGACUUGCAAGGAACUUGUUCUUCUAUGGCACUUACCUCAAACAUAGCAAUUCAUUACAGAAACUAUCUUUCUAUUUCCCCAUAAUGUUUCCGGUGAAAAGUUCGUCUUUAAAUGCGUUUUUUUUCCUUCUGAUUCUUGCAUUUGCACGUUUCUGUACCUAUAGAAAAAGCUUUCGAAAUUGUGGGUUCUAAAAACAUCCCAGAUUAAAAUGUUUAUGUAUAAAAAAUUUAA